UCAAAGCCUCCAUGUGGACGAGUACAGAAGGAGGAAUGUGGAGAUAAUACUCUGGUAACAGAGUCUAACGUGAGCGCUUUGUUACACAUAUAAUACAUGACAAAACAUUAGGAAUUACGUCAGGAUCAUAUGAGCCAACGUAGGGAGAAAAAUAAGAAACACUAGAGAAAAAGUAUGUGGCUACGCAUGUAAACAACCGUUUACAAAAAAACAUUUUGCACUCACUGCUUAGGCUUUUGUCAACCUUUAAACAGCCAACUGACAACAUACGUUAAACUGGCUAACGUUCCUGCAACCACUUUGGUAGCCAAAUAAGUUAGCUUGAUAAGGAAAAAAUACUAAUAUUCUCUAGCCCACUGAUUCCAGUUUCUCAGUGUUUGGUAUCAACGCUAGCUUUGUGCUUUUCUUUGUCGUAAACUGGGGAACAGUGAUGGGCAUUUUUUCCACUGUAUUCUAGUAGUUCAUUAUUGGUUACGCCGACUGAUUGGUCGGUUAAUUAAGAUUCACUAAUCGACAAUGGUCGUCAGUUGCUGCUCGAAGAUAGUGCUACACUCUGUUGUCAGACCACUACUGAGGAAAAAAAUCUUUCUGCGUUUGACAUUACAACAAAGACCAAGUGGAGGAGUACAUUGUGAGGACUUUAACACCAGUGCCAAGGGGUUAGUGGCAUCAUCAUCAUCACCAUGGUUACCAGUUUUAUGUUGGUGUACAACAGCAGCUCUGGUGACAGAUCAUCUUCCUCACCUUCGUCAUCCUUAGCGUCCCACCGUUUAGAUGGACCUGUUCCACACACAAAAAAGCCCCAGAGAGUCCAAACAUCAACACUGGAGGGGUACACAGGUGUCAUGGAUCAUAAGCCUCUGAAGAUGCACUGCAGGACCUGUUCCCUGGUGACCAGCUCUGGCCAGCUGACUGGAAGUAAGAGAGGUGGAGAAAUCGACAGCUCUGACUGUGUGAUCCGUAUGAAUGAUGCUCCCAGCAUAGGCUAUCAGCAGGAUGUUGGCCAUCGCACGAGCCUGCGUGUCAUAGCACAUUCCAGCCUGCAGAGGGUGCUACGGAGCCGACAGGAGCUGCUCAAUGCCAGCCAAGACACCGUGUUCAUUUUCUGGGGACCCAGUAGCUGCAUGAGGCGGGAUGGAAAAGGCCACGUUUACAACAACCUCAGGCUGAUAAACCAGCUACUGCCCAAACUUAAAGUCUACAUUAUUUCCCGGAUCAAAAUGUUGAAGUUUGAUGAACUGUUCAAAAAGGAAACAGGGAUUGAUAGGAAGAGUUCCAACUCCUGGCUGAGUACCGGCUGGUUCACCAUGGCCAUAGCCCUGGAGCUAUGUGACAGGACCAACGUGUUUGGCAUGGUGCCGCCUGAUUUCUGCAGAUCAUCCCCUCAUCCCUCUGUACCGUAUCAUUACUACGAGCCCUCUGGGUCGGACGAGUGCGCCAUGUACCUCUCCCACGAGAGGAGCCGACGAGGGAGCCACCACCGCUUCAUCACAGAGAAGACGGUGUUUGCAAACUGGGCCCGAGCCCUCAACAUUCACUUUUACCAGCCAGACUGGAAACCCGCUACUGUCAUCACCAGCGCUAACAACUCACACUGCCCAGUUCCAGCUGGAUCCUGGGAUUCACUCCAGAGACAAUCUCCAGAAGUGUAGAAUAUCUGUGUGGACGGUUUCCAGCAUGCAGCUUCCCUCUCCAGCUGAUAUGAAUGAAUGAGACAGCAGUAGGGCAGAACAUGAAACUGUUGUGGCUGUAAGCCUACUGCCUAAGCAGCUUGGCAGAAUGGGAUCAUUGCAUAAUAGCAGCACAAAGCCUCAACAGUGUUUGGAAGUGUAACUAUAAUAGGAUGAAUUUCAUACUAGAAUCAAAGCCAUGGAGCUUGGCUCAAGUGUGUUUUUUUCACCCUGUGUAGAGCUGCUUUAAUAACGCUUGAGCUGUCAGAGAGGAAACAGGCAAUGAGACAGUAACACCACUGCAAUAGCUGCAGUACGCUUGAUUCAUUUUCAUUGAACUGAAUACAGACUCACUGAGGACACCGAGCUCUUGUCCUCAUUGUUCCUGAGAAUGUGACAGUUCAGUUGACCUGUGGAGGAGUUUAUACUUCACACACAAAAGAAAAGUAGCGUGUUUUUAAAGCUGAUUGUGAUAUUUUUAGAGUCACCGUCUCCAUUUUCAACAGUAUGAUGUUCACAAUACACCACACAGAAAACAGUGUGACAGUUGCAGUUGCAGACACCACAUAUUUAGGGUGUAGUUGUAAGAUACAGACUAUUCAUACUGUAUAUCAGUGACAGAAACAAGCAUCUACACCCCCAAUUCCAAGAAAUAUAAAUAUAUGUAUGGGUAAAUAGACAUAAAUAAAAACACAAUGAAAUCAUGUGUGAAUGGAUCAGUGUUUUCUGACAGCAGUUUUACAAAGUAUUCCCAAGCCCAUGUAGCCCCAUCCUUGCUUGUGAACGACACUCAAUAAUGAUAUUUUCACCUGUCACCACUGAACCUGUUCUGAACAGGCACUUCGGAAAACACCAAUCAACUCCAAUGAGUUGAUGAGGUUAAAAAAUAGAUAUGUUGUCUGAAAGAGUUUGCAAACUGACACAUUCUGUUUUGUUUAUACUUCAAAACAUUCAAGGUAAAACAAACUAAAACAAUGCAAACAUUUAACAUCUGAUAACUUCUAGUGUUCUUUUAUGAUUCACCAAGAUGCUCUUAAAGACAUAAGAUGAGUUCAUGCUAUCUUCUACACUAAGGGCAAUAUACUUUUUUUUAAAAAAUGUAUUCUUAUUUUAUUAUUUUAAUACUUCUACAGCAAACAUUUAUGACUGAGAGAGUCAAAACAUUAUUAUCUUGGAAUUUGGAUGGAUAUAAAACUCACUUUUAAAUUUCACAUUGUUAAUCUUGGCAACAGGUUGGAUAUUUUGUACAGAAAUAAAACAUUUUUUUCCAUGUUUUGCAGGAAAAAUGUUCUUAAACAGUUUUCAUGUUAGUCUUGCUGUGAUGUGAUUUAUAGGCACUCUUCCACCUCUUCCACCUGGACUCCACCUGUCAUUCUGCCUUUAUUUAUUAGAUUUAUUUAUUUAUGUAUUAUGAUACAUGCCAAGAGAGACGUGAUGCUCAUUGGGACCUUUUCAUCCAUAAAUGUUACCUUUGACAUAUAUAAAGAUAAAAAGUACCAUAUCACCUUUCAGAUUGCUUCAUCUCUCAGAUGGGCUUUGUCAGACUUGCUCUACUGACAGUUUUAAAGGAUUUUUUUUUCAGCUAAUUGAAUUGCCAUUUCUUUGUUAGUGUAUUCAUUGGUUGUUUUUCCUUUUCAUUGUUUUGUACUUGACUCGAUGUCAUUGUCAAUGAGGGUCAUCCCUCAGUGGUUAUCUCAAGUAUGAAUAAAGUUUGAAUGAAUGAAUGAAAAAAGAAGAUUAGUGGUAAUACCGCUUAUUGUUAAUCAGUGUUGACC